CAAAACGACGCCGCAUUUCCUCCCCGUCGGUGUCAAAAGCACCGACCUGGAGUAGAAACAAAACAAUACAAACCCUCCCCAUGAAUUGUUCUGCUUCUCUUUUUUGAAUUCAAAUCCAGAAAAUCGGAAGUUCCAUGGAAAUUUCCUCAGUGCCGAUCAGUUCAUGCUCCAAAGAGCACCAGAGAAUCUACCGGGAGUGGUUUCAGUUCGCCGAUUCAGAUAAUGAUGGCCGCAUUACGGGGAGUGAUGCUAUCAAGUUCUUCGGCAUGUCCAAUCUGUCCAGGCAAGAUCUCAAGCAGGUUUGGGCGAUCACCGAUUCAAAGAGGCAGGGAUUUCUCGGUUUCACUGAGUUCAUUGCUGCUAUGCAGCUAGUUUCUCUUGCGCAGGCUGGACAUCAGAUUACAAAUGAUCUUUUGAAUAGAAAUGCCUUGGAAAGCUUGAAUCCUCCUGUCAUGGAGGGGUUGGAUGUGUUAUUAGUGAAAAAAAAACGUUCGAACAAGACAAAUGAGAACGAACUGAAUGAUGCUCCUGUGGUGCAACAAUCACCUUCAGCACAUUGGUUUUCUUCAAAAUCAUCCAAAAAGGUUCCGCUCUCUGCUGUAACAUCAAUUGUAGAUGGUUUGAAGAGAUUAUAUAUCCAGAAACUGAAGCCAUUAGAAGUUAUUUACAAGUUUAAUGAUUUUGUCUCCCCCUUACUGACAAACAGUGAUUUUGAUGCCAAACCCAUGGUUAUGCUCUUGGGUCAAUAUUCCACUGGAAAAACAACAUUUAUUAAACAUUUGCUUAAAUCUAGUUAUCCAGGAGCUCACAUUGGUCCAGAGCCUACAACAGAUAGAUUUGUUGUUGUUAUGUCUGGACCUGAUGAAAGAAGUGUUCCUGGGAAUACAAUUGCAGUGCAAGCCGACAUGCCAUUUAGUGGUCUCACUUCUUUCGGAACAGCAUUCUUGUCCAAGUUCGAAUGUUCCCAAAUGCCACAUUCUUUGUUGGAGCACAUCACAUUUGUGGAUACUCCUGGUGUUUUAUCUGGGGAGAAGCAACGAACACAACGAGCUUACGAUUUUACUGGAGUGACUUCAUGGUUUGCUGCAAAGUGUGACCUCAUUUUGCUUUUGUUUGAUCCUCACAAGCUUGAUGUGAGUGAUGAGUUCAAGCGUGUGAUAUCAUCUCUACGUGGUCAUGACGAUAAGAUCCGUGUUGUACUCAAUAAGGCAGAUCAAAUUGAUACUCAACAAUUGAUGAGGGUUUAUGGAGCAUUGAUGUGGUCCCUCGGAAAGGUUCUGAAUACUCCUGAGGUCAUGCGAGUCUACAUUGGAUCAUUUAAUGACAAACCUGUCAAUGAGGCUGCUUCUGGUCCAAUAGGGAAGGAACUCUUUGAGAGAGAACAAGAGGAUCUUCUUGCCGACUUAAAGGAUAUUCCUAAGAAGUCGUGUGAUCGCCGGAUCAAUGAAUUUGUCAAGCGUGCUAGAGCUGCCAAGAUACAUGCUUACAUUAUUAGCCAUUUGAGAAAAGAGAUGCCUGCUUUGAUCGGGAAAGCUAAGACCCAACAGAAACUAACGGAUAAUCUGGAAGAUGAGUUUAAAAAGGUUCAAAGGGAAUUUCAUCUACCUCCAGGAGAUUUUCCAAAUGUUGAACAAUUCAGGGAGACCUUAAGUGGUUACAGCUUUGACAAUUUUGAGAAGCUGAAACCUAGUAUGAUUAAGGCAGUUGAUGACAUGCUGGGUUAUGAUAUCCCAGAGCUUUUGAAGAAUUUCAGAAAUCCUUACGACUAAUGGUGCCGGAAUCUUAAAGAAAGUAUUUUGAAGUACCUACUGUUGAAAGGAGAGUUUGCUCUUCUUGAGCACCUUGGUUACCGCUGUAAUGUAAUAUGAUUCGGGCCUUCUGCCCUUAUUGUAGUCUUUCCCGAGUUUAAAAAUAGAUGUUAUUGUAGAAUAUUCAUAGGCUUUGUAUGUUGUAAUGCCAAUUUUUGCUUUCGGUGGAUUACUGAGGGGCAGUAAAAAGCUGGGAUUUGAAAGAGAGAUGACAAUGUAACACCAAAAAUUGUUGUUCCUACAAUUAUUACAUACUCCAAUUUAUCAUACCGAA